AUGGCAUCAGCUAUCCGCAGCUGCCGUCUCCCCAGGCACUCGCUUCUCCACGACCACUACCGAUCUACACCACAUCAGCCCCUUCAGCAAUCAAUUCGCCAAUCUACCCACGCGAUGCUGCAUUACAACACGUUCGAAUACCCAAAUCUCCAAACACGGAACGACCUUGGAAUCACCAAGGCCCACACUCAGGCCUGCAUGCAGGAGCUCAGGACACAAAUCAGAGGUUUUGAGGACAAAGUCGAAGCGCUUCAGGGCGACGUGAGAAAUUUGAACAUAGAUGUCGCAGUGAUGAAAGAGCGCAGCAUCUGUCGCGAAUGUCCUUGGAUCUAUACUACGGUCGCUUCGCUUUGA